UUAAACCCAAUUGGAACAACUUGAUGUGCAAGUUUGCUUAGUUUUGUCUUCUGUCCCUUACACUAUAAAAUGGUAAACUUGACAAACCCUAUUUUUCCAUAUCCCAUAAAGAAGAAGUGAAUCAGAGGUUUUACAAUAUGGUGAAGCUGACAAUGGUUGGAAGGGUUAGAGAUGGAUUGCCAAUUGCACAAGGUAUUAGGUAUAUUAAUGAAGAGAAUGAUGAUGUUUUGGGGUACAAAAAGCAAGCUGAAUUCAUACUCAAAGAGAUCUCUAGAGGGACUUUAUCAUCUUCAAAAAUGGCCAUUCUAAUGCAUCAUCACUGUUUCAUUUACUUGGUGGAGAAUGGUGUGUGCUAUAUGACAUUGUGCGAUUCUUCAUACCCAAGAAAGCUGGCUCUCCAUUACUUGCAAGAUUUACAAAAAGAAGUUGGCGAGUUUGAGUAUGCCCUAAUAAAUAAGCUUAUCAAACCCUAUAGUUUAACCCAAUUUGAUGGUAUUAUUAGCAAUAUUAGGAAACAAUACAUUGAUACAAGAACACAGGCCAAUCUAUGCAAGCUCAAUGCAAAUCGUCGUCAAGCUGAUCCAGACAUGCUCACUUGUUCGCUUUCUGAGAUUUUAGAGAGAAGGAGAAAAUUGGAUAUGGUGGAAAGAUCAAUGUGUAAUAAUACGAAUUCUCAAGGUGCGUCCUCCUCCAUUUGGGGGUCUCCCUGUCUCCAGGAAAUUGGCCUCAAAUGGACGCCAAUGGUUGUAACUUUUGGCGUAGUGCUUAUCAUUCUAUGGGCUUCCUUUCUUCUUUUCGACAUCUCAUUAUCUCAACAUAAUGAAUUUGUAAUUCUAUAUAACAAUAGAAAAUUGUUUCACUAAUUUUAAUAUUCAUUUCUCCCGAUCAUUUUUUUGUUCUUCAAAUUUAAAUUUAAAGUAAAAUCUUUCAUUUUUUUUUAGGUGUACGUGUUAGAGAUU